GAUUUCGUUGCAAAACAUUACCAAAGAGUGAAACAAACGAAUCCUAAUCUUCCACUUCUUGUACGCGAAGGCAAAGGCAUUGAACCCAAACUGUGGGCCCAAUACGGCCGCGAAUCCAAUGCCUCGCUUUCGGGACUCAAUGGAGACCAAGUGUUACAACAGAUCCAAGAGAUGGUCAAAACCAAAUAGUGGACUAAAAGUGCACUUUUGCUCCUCUUUUAGAUUAUUGGCAUUCAUUUAGUUUUAGACAAAAAUAAAAUAAUUUAAUGUAAUUAUAAUUUAGGCACAAAUAAAAUAAAUUGCAAUUUAAACGGGA